AUGGAGGACAGACAAUACUUAGAGAAAGACUUUAACCCCAAGUCUUUGACCGUAGCUAAGUUAAGAGGUAUUCUUAACGAGUACGAUGUUACGAUUCCCUCCAACGCCAAGAAGGCAGAUUUGGUGGAAUCUUUCAAUAAGCACAUUGCAGCCAAUGCUGCUGAACUUCUUCGUAAACAUAAAGCUGAUCUUGCCAAUGCUAACGGGAAUGGCAUAGUAAAUGAGGCAGAGUCCGGCUCAGAAUCCCAAUCCCAGUCCGAUUUGGAAUCGGAAUCGGAACCGGACUCUGAAGAACAGGAAGAGAAGCCUGCUAAAAGACAAACCAGAAGCUCUACACCGAAGCCAACCCCAAAGUCUAAAAUGGAAAGCAAAAACGAAAACAAAAAGGAGCUGGAAGCAAAGAAAGGUGAAGACGGAUCUUCUCCAUUUUCUAGCGAGAACGUAUUCCAAUCUCCUCCUCCAACUUCAACUAUUCCGCAUAAAAGAAUUAAAUCACCAGUCCAAGCUACUCCAAGUAGAAUAAAAAUGACCAAAUUGAGCCCUAAACCCAAGACUCCUAGAGGGAAGUUAUUUGAAGAUGAUGAUGAGUCAGACAAGGACGAUCUUUUCAGUAGUAAUGUCGUAAGAAGUCCGGCUAGGAAAUUAGCUUCACCGGCAGCCACAAAAAAGAGUCCUGUUGGGACAAAGUCUAAAAUCGGAAAAGAAAAGGCGAAGGAGAGUGAAAAAGUGAAUGCCAAGCAAAAGGAAGCAUUAGAGAAAAGAUUGGAGAAGCAAGGCAAGAACGACGUGAUCAAAAAUGAAACCGAACAGUUUCCAUCUAUUGAUGAACAAAUUCUGAAUCCCGUGGAAAACUUUCCAACAUUUGAUAGCCUUAAACCUGCCCCACAUUCCGUGAGCGACCUUGCAAAAGAGCUUGGAAUUGUAGUCCAAGGUGUUCCACCACAAAGUAUUGCUCCUAAAAAAGAAUCAGUGGCUUCAAAGAAGGCUACUCCAAAGAAAACUCCGAGAUUGGCUAAAGCUAGCCCUUUGAGUAGAGGUUCUGUCAAGAAUUCUCCAGUAGAAAUUAAGAGAGGGGAGUCUACAUCAAAUGAGAAGAAGGUUGAAUCAUCACCAAUAACAAAGAAAAUCGAAUCUACUCCUAAAAAGAAACCUUUAGAACCAGCCAAUCUUUCUGUCUCCAAACAUAAUAACACAGACGCACUUCUUGAGCAUAAUUUGAACAGCACUCAGAGUGAUUCCGAGGUUGCUCUACCUAUUAAAAAGACUUUAAGAAAAACAUCUCCAUUAACAAUAGUCACCUUCAUAAUUCUUUGGCUCUCCUUUUUUCUGGUUGGUCUUUUCGGUUGGUGGUACCGUGAACAGACCUUUCUCAUUGGAUAUUGUGGACAAGAAAUUUACCAAGAUACUAUUCCAUUAGAUCCGCAAAAUACUCCAGUUUGGUUGUCAUCAUUAGGAACUUAUUUGGAUACUUUCAAACCUUUAUGUACUCCAUGUCCUCCACAUGGAAGAUGUUUUCCCCUCUUGGAACUUUCGUGCUAUAACGAUUUUAUCGAUGACCAGCCAUGGUAUUUUAACUUGGUCCCAUUUCCAGUGGAUUCCAAGAAGUGCAUUCCAGAUACUAAAAAGGCAGAGAAGUUGGAAAUUAUGAUUGACGUAACAUUAGAUCUUUUGCGCUCAAGAAAUGCUGCUAGCAAUUGUGGAAGGAAUAGCGAGGAUGAUUUGACACUGGGAUUGUCAGUUGGAGAAUUACAUGAGAUGUUGUUGCAAAUGAAGGCUCCGUAUAUUACUAAGGAGGAAUUCGAAGAUCUUUGGAAUAGAUCAUUGAUUGAAUUGGAAAAGGAACCAGAAAUAAUUACAGGAUUUGGAGUUAAUAACUUAUCUACCAUCGUUCACUCUAACAACACGAGAGAAGAGAAAGAAAAGAACAAAGUUUUUCGCUCAACGUCCUUAUCCCACAUCAGUUUGAAGUGCCAAAUUCUGAAUACAGUAAUUGGCUCUUUGAAUUACCAUAAGUUUAAGCUUUUCACAGUCAUACUAGUUUUGGUACUAAUUCAACUAGGCAGAUACAAUUUAGAACAGUACAGAUUAUAUCAGAAGAAAGUUGGGACUUUAUAUUCCGAAGUUCUUAAUAAACUUAGACACCAACGUAAAUUGGGAUCAGCUAAAAACAUCCCUACGUACAUUGGUUCUACUCAAUUGAGAGAUUUGAUUCUAACUCGUGAACAAAACUUAAACGCAAAGAUGAAGUUAUGGGAAAGCGUAAGUAAAAAAGUUGAGAAUAAUUCCAACAUCAGACAUCUGCUACAGGAGAGUCAUGGGGAAAUAAUGAAAGUUUGGGAGUGGAUCACAGAUGUUCAGUAA